AGGCUCCGGACGCGCAGGCCCAGCAGCCAUGGCUCACGGGCCCAGCCACUCUGCGGCUGUGGGAUCUUCCCGGACCAGGGCACGAACCCGCGUCCCCUGCAUUGGCAGGCAGAUUCUCAACCACUGCGCCACCAGGGAAGCCCUACAGUAAGUUUUGAAAUCAGAAAGUGUGAAUCUUUUAACUUUGUGCCAAGGUAAUUUUGAAAUUGAGUUUAACUUAAUUAGAUAAAGACCAGUAGACGAGGAACUCUUCUUCAGAACAAGCCUAAGCAGGCCCCACACCAACCUGAUUCUCAGAAACAGGUUGCUCUCUAGACUUAGCCAGCCAGUUGCACUCUUUUCCUUCAUUCAUUUAUGCGUCAGUGAUUUUAGGGAGUUUUUAUAGUAACAUAACUGUGAGCAAUGUUGAAAGUUGGAUAAUGUAAACAAAAAUCUAGUGUCUGGGAGAUAGUUUUGGAAAUCAUUUCAUCCCAAGUGGGAGACAUUAAGGUUUUUAACCAGAGCAGGGAUAGUAGGGGUAGGACACUUUCAGAAAGUGUUAGAGGUAGAAUUUCGAGGACUUGCGAUGGAUGGGUUAUGGUUGGUAAAGGAGUUUAGGGAUCGGAGGUACUUGUAUUUCCAGCUUGCGGAUGACGUGUGGGACUAGAUAGUGAUGGCCUGAGUAAAGAUACACAGUAGUGUCAUCUGGUCUUUCAAGAAGUCCUGCAAGGUUGGAGCAGAGAACAGGAUUAUGAGAAGGUUUAUUUAAGUUUUGUUGGUUGUGUUUUAGGGAAACUUGCUGUUUAAUUAUCACUUUAGGUCCCAGAAGAAACAGAGCAGACACUUUUCCUUCUAAGAUGGUUGGUAAGAGAGUUGUUGUUUGAUGGUUUCUAUUUUCCCUGGAGCUAAAGUUUGGAGCUGGGGUAGGUUAGGAACUGUGGAACUUCAGGGUAGUGAAGGGUUGGAAUAGACACUGAGAAAUGUAGAUAAAAUAGCAAGGAAACAGAAAAUAGGAAUGAAAAAGACAAGACAGAGGACCGAUUCAGGAAGUCCAACAGCUAAGUAUUAUUUCCUGAAAGAGAGAAGAGAGAAAACAGAGGGGAGGAAAUUAUCAGUGAAAUAGUUGAGGAAGCACAGAAUGAAGUUUCCAGAUUGAAAGGACCCACUUGAAUCCCCUAAAAUAACACCAACAUCACCGUGAAGAUCCUGGGGACUAUAAAGUGAAAAUGGAGCAACAAGAACCAGCAGAUUCUCAAAAUACCAAGCAGUCUAUUAUUUCAGAGGAGUUAAUUUCAGAAGGAAAAUGGGUCAAGCUUGAAAGAACAACUUACAGAGAUCCUACUGGUAAAACAAGAACUUGGGAAACUGUGAAACGGACAACGAGGAAAGGCCAGUCGGCUGAUGGUGUGGCGGUCAUCCCCGUGCUGCAAAGAACCCUUCACUAUGAAUGCAUCAUUCUGGUGAAGCAGUUCCGACCCCCGAUGGGGGGCUACUGCCUAGAAUUCCCUGCCGGUCUCAUCGAUGACAACGAAAGCCCAGAAGCAGCUGCUCUUCGGGAGCUCGAGGAAGAAACUGGCUACAAGGGCGACGUUGCUGAAUGUUCCCCAGCUGUCUGUAUGGAUCCAGGUUUGUCAAACUGUACCACACAUAUGGUAACCGUAACUAUCAAUGGAGACGAUGCUGAAAACGUAAGGCCUAAGCCAAAGCCAGGAGAUGGAGGUAUGUGUCCCGCUCGGGGGCUGGCCUUGAGUGCCGUGUGGUGCAGCGGGAGCGGCCAUGGCAUUGUGAGUUGCUCAGUUGGGCUCGCCUGGUGUCCGGCUUUAUUUUCACUUGCACUUUGUUUGUUUAGAAUUUGUGGAAGUGAUUUCCUUACCAAAGAAUGACCUGCUGAAGAGAAUUGAUGAUCUGGUAGCUAAUGAACAUCUGACAGUGGACGCCAGAGUCUAUUCCUACGCUCUGGCGCUGAAACAUGCAAACACGAAGCCGCUUGAAGAGCCCUUCCUGAAGUUUUAAGGCCAAAGGACAGUCGCCUUGUUUCUGUAACCAGGACACAGGCCUCCUUCAUUAAGACUUUGUAUUCAGCUUAGUUUCAAUGGAGAUUUGAAAUUAGUUUUUUCAUAAAAUAAAAGCACAGAAUGCAUGUGGUAGUAUGGAAUUGUAAUUACAGGUAGAUUAUAGACUUCAUUUAAAUGCUAGACUCCACAGCUAACAUUAAAGAACAACAACAUAAAUGCAGGUAAUGUUUAAUCCAGCUUUUAAAAAAGAAAGCUCAGCUGUUAACUUUUCUACUCUAAUCCAGGAGAUACGGUAUUUUCAUAGGAAAAUAGCCCUGAAUUCCAAUUAGGUCAACGCUUCCCAACCCCACUGAAAAAUAUGUAGUGAGGUAUGCAAACAACCGUUUACGGCAUUAGAGUUUUUUUAACAGACAGACCUAUAUAGGGACUUUCUUGGCCUCUCCUAAUUAUCUGCUAUAUGGAAUUAAUCUGCAUAGCACAGGAUAUAAAAGAGAAUAACAUUCGUAAUAAGCAAAUGUUUCCAGUUGGCUAGUGUCCUUAUAGCCAUCUAACUACUGGAGGGUGACCAGCUCUUAUGUAAUGAAAAACGGUCGGUUCAUUCACGUACCAAGGUUCAGAGGCUAAUGAAAAUACAGGGCCCUUCCCUCAAGCACGUGUAUAUACUUCAGAAUCUCUUUUCCUAUCCAUACCUCAAAAAGUACUUGAAGUUUCUAAAAACCAAGCCCACAGCAAUACGAUUUACAUGGUUUGGGGCACUGUCUUGGUGUUAAACCGUGAGUAUAGCCAGCACAGUUAGCAAGGACCAGAAACCCAAUACAAGCUUCUUUAAAGGAAAAUAUGGAUUGUUCCGGCUCAUGCCAUGCCCAAACUUCCCCUGCCCCCAAUCCUCAAGGUCCACCGGUGUCACCGGCCAUUUUCUUACCUCUUGAGCUUGGCUGUUGUGUGGACUUCUGUAGCCUCAGGGGCUCCAGGAUUACUGCCUCUUUGGUGUAGAGGUCUCUGGAUGGUUCUCAUUGGCUACCCCUAAGUCAUGUUUCCAGCCCUGGACCAGGGGUUAGCCAGGCCCCUCAGAGCCAGAUAAGAUCAGGGGACUAAUGCCAAAAAGGCUGCAGUACAGUCUGCUUGUCUGCAGGUUCACUGACUUACCUAGAGAUAUUUUUAUGAGCAAAAAUAGAUCUUUAUAUUGUACUUCCUAAAAAGAAUGGAAAGAAUCAUGCAACUAGAGAACUGUAUAAAUGAAGUCUACUCUCCCUGUGAAUACUAUGAAAAUUUAGCCCCAACUAGUUGCUCUAAUAGUAGCCUUCCCCUGUGCCUCUUAAAUCCUUAUUUUUAAUCAUGGGCAUCAUGAUUCUCCAGGGACUGUAAUCCUCUUCCCUGAGCACCCAAGGCCCUCGUUACUGCUCUUCAUCAAGAGACGCCAAAGCAUACAAAGAAUGCACAGGCUCAAGCACACAGAACUAGUCUCCAAACAGCCUCCAACUCUUGCAAAACCACUCCCCAUGCCAACUGAUAAAGCUACACAAACGCUGAUGGAGGACAGAGAUUUGUAACCCCUGCCUGUCCUUUCUGCCUUCUUCUUUUCCUGAGUGCAGUUCAGAAGUGACACCUAAAUCCUAGAACAUCGCCUAAUGCAGUUUAUGUUCUCUGCAAAUAUCAAAGGCUAUGCUUUGGAAAUUCGGUCAGUUUGAGAACUGGCAGUCUGGAUGCUUUCACUGGCUGGCCCUGUUAGUGUAUCAGUAUUUAAACGUUGAAGGUUUAUUAGUACUUUUUUGAAGGUUUAUUAUUAAAAGCUGUAUGUCCACCUUCUUUGGGGAAAAAGAGCUGUAACACUGGGUUGUAUUUCCAUGGUAACAGUGGUCUGAGGCCCUCAGGAGAUGCUCUCCAGUGGACAUGGCGACUCUCCUGCCUGCCUGUAUUUCCUCUGCCUUCCUCCUGAAGUUAGUUGGCUUUGUGAUCCUAAGCUAAAUAAGAUACACGUCCUGCACUAAGAAAGUAAACAACGAUAGAAAACCAUAUGAAUGAGAAGGACUUCUUUGAAAAAUUAAGUUUGAUCUUUUGGGCAAUAAAGCACAUACCUUGAAAAAUGAAUUAGGGAAUUCCCUGGCGGUCUAGUGGUUAGGACUCUGUGCUUUCACUACGAAGGAUUCCUGGUCGGGGAGCUAAGAUCCCAUAAGCCAUGCAGCACAGCACCCCCCCCCCCAAAAAAAGAGUCAUUUAUAAAGAACUGUGCUAUAGCAAAUGGAGGCUGGGAUAUUGUGACCAUUUUUUUUUCUGGUCUUUCCAAAUGUUAGUCACAAAACUGAGCACCCUUUUGUUGGCCACUCACUGUCCCUCAAUAUUUUUAGGAUUAAACUAAUACAUUUGCAAUAGAUAUCUCAGGAUGAAUUCUGUAUGAAUAUAAUGAACCUAUAUAAUCUUAGAAAUCAUUUAAUACUAGAUUUUAUUUUUCCAACACAACCAAAAGUUUUAUUAAAUAAAAUUUUAUUGUCUACUGUUUACACUCAUGUUGCUGCUAUAAAGUACAACAACAUAUACAGAUUCCUAGCAUGAAUUACUCAUUGUUCACCCCCACUGAACUACAGACAUUGCUUGAGAAUUAGAUCUUUGCUUUAGGGAUUAAAAAAAAAAAAACUGGGGCAUAG